CCCGCCGGGGAUGCCCCCGGUCUGCCGGGGCAGCGCCUCUGCCCGGCGUUGGGCUCCCUGAGCAGCCCCCAGCCUGACCCUGCUGCUCCCCUGUGAGGCUCGGGCGGAGGCGGGGAGCGGGUGAAGGCCCCGGCGGGCGCUCUCCCCCAUGGUGGGCUUCGGGGCGAACCGGAGGGGCGGCCGGCUGCCCUCGCUCGUGUUCGUGGCGCUGGUGGUGGUGAUCGCCAUCCUCGCCUUCAACUGCUGGAACGCCUCGUCCCGCCAGGCGCUGCUGCAGGAGGAGCUGGCCGAGCUGCAGAGCCAGGCCAAGCGCACCGAGGUGGCCCGGGGCCGCCUGGAGAAGAGAAACUCGGACCUCAUGGGCAAGGUGGACUCCCACAAGAAGCAACUGGAGCAGAAGGAGGCCGACUACAGCCACCUGAGCAGCCAGCUGCAGGCCAGGGACGGCCAGGUGAAGAAGUGCGAGGACAGCAAGAUUAAGCUGCAGAACAACAUAUCCUAUCAGAUGGCAGACAUACAUCGUUUGAAGGAACAACUGGCAGAGCUGCGUCAGGAAUUCAUUCGCCAGGAGGAUCAGCUGCACGAGUACAAGAAGAACAACACGUACCUUGCAAGGAGGCUGGAGUAUGACAGUCUGCAGUGUGGGCAGCAGAUCAAGGAAAUGAGACUGCAGCAUGAAGAAAACAUCAAGAAAUUAAUGGACCAAGUUAUGCGGGAACAGAAGGACACACAAAAAAUUCAGUCCAGUAAAGACACUGAAGUAAGUCCCAAUAAUGAUGACCAGCCGAUACCUAAGACUGUUCCAGAGACAGAGGAUAAAAACACAGUAAAGAAUGAGCAGCCUUCAGAUCACGUUGUAAAUGGCAAAGAGAAAAUCAAACCAGGAGGAGAUGCAGGAAUGCCUGAAAUAGAGGAUAAUGACCCUGCUAAAGCUGAAGACACUCCCACUGCUUUAAAGAAGCCACUCAUUUCAGCUCCUAAAAGUGAAGCUCAUCAACCUGUGUUAAAUCUUCCAACUGAGCAGCCUCAUGCUCCAAAUCUGGCACCAGGUGUGCGCAGUGAUGCUGAUGGAAACGCAGACAUUGUCAAGCAGAUCCCUCCCAAUUCUCUCCAGCACUUGAAUUUUGAAGAAACCAUGGAAGGCCAGAAGGAACACAAAAUUGAGACAGACCAUAUCAAAAUCCCAAAGAGCAGAGUCAGUGACUUGCAGAAGAUGAAGCAAAGCCGAUUCUUUGAUGAGAAUGAGUCCCCUGUUGAUCCGCAGCAGGGUUCUAAACUGGCAGAUUAUAAUGGGGAUGAUGGUAACGUGGGUGAGUAUGAGGCAGACAAACAGGCUGAGCUGGCUUACAAUGAGGAAGAGGAUGGUGAUGGUGGAGAAGAAGACGUCCAAGAUGAUGAAGAACGGGACCUACAGAACGACCUCGACUAUGGCAAGCCCCGCUUCAGUGACGGCGUCCUGUGAGCUGUGAACAGGGACAGGACAAGGCUGCACCCGUGGGACCCGACGUGCUGCAGAACUGAACCAUUCCUGCUUUGGGUUCCUUACCUUAAAGGGAGCUGGUAACAAAAAGCAUCACAUACUCAGCAGUCAGCGAGUACCAGGAGGCCAUUGUGUACAUAUGUGCAUAGUUGUACUAUUGCAGAUUGUAUUAAAACUACAUUUUUGUUGUUACAUUGAGCCAAUUACUUAGACUGUUCCUUCUCUGUAAUAAUCUUGACGCUUCCAACUGGCGUUAUAAAUACGGGCUGACUUGUUUCUGCCAUUUAGAGAACUUUGUAAACUGGAGAACUUGUACAGUUUGUAUCUCAUGUAACAAAUCCACUGUGGAAACACUGUACAGCCAAAGGACUCCUUUUCUACAGUACCUGUCUGAGGGCCAGCACUCCCACCUUCCUCAUGCGUGCCGUGUUGUGUUCCGCAGGUGAGCUCUCAGUUGGGAAUGAGAACAGGAUGUUUCGAGAACUGCUCCCUCCUCCAUGUAUCCGAGGGAAGUGCCGCUCCCUGGCAGCACGAACCACCUCGGUUCUGAUCACAGCGACCAAAUCUCAUAGCUAGAGCUGGAAAGCAGCAGUUAUUAGAAUUCCAGUGCUUUGAAACAGCCUGAAAUAGUUGUGUAAUAGCUUGGUUUAAAAGGUGAUAGAAAUAAAGCAGCAGGGCUUGUAGGAGACCUGGGUGGAUGUGCUAAAGAGAGCACUUGUGGUAGGGAGAGGCGGGCAGGUCUGUGCGGCUCUGCAGGGACGUUGUGUGUGCUCCUGCUGUCCAGCAGCAUCCAUCCUGUUGUCACACGAGUUAAUUUGCAGUUUAAUGCUUUGAUGCAGGUCUCUGUUUGCCACGUUCCACGUUUUGAUUUGCUGUAGCAGAAGGUUUGCAAGUUCAAUACGUUUUGUAUUCUGUGUUCCAGCACUUUCUGAAUUUCCUGGGAAUGAUUCUGUUGAUCUGCACCUGUGGAAAUUAAGGUUCUGAACCCAACCUGCUUCUCCAAAAGGGCUACUGUGAACAGGGGGCCCGGGACCCGGGCGGGUGGACGGUCUGUCUGUACUCAGGUUCUGAUCUGGAGCCACAGCUGAGGUUUGCUCAGUGCCCGUCAGUGAACCUCCAACAAGCCACAGGUUGUACAAUUCUUUAUUAGGCUGCAGGGAUCUCUGACCCUGGCUUCACAUAGAGAAGAAAUAAAACCUUUCAGCCUCUGGCACGGCAUCUCAAGGGGGUUUUGUUUGAGGCUCGAGUUCUUCAUUCCACACUUCUGGGAGGCAGAUGGGGAAGAGCCCUCUGCAUGGUGCAAAAACCAGACACUGAACCUGCUCAGCAUUAGCUCCCCUACUAAAACCCCACGAGAAGCAGGAACUUGUGCCAGGGCUCCAGGAACUGCAGCCUUCUGCAAAUGCUCUAUUUAAGCUCUAUGAUUUAUUUUUUGUCUUACAAUGUAAUUUCACCCUGAAUUAGGUGUUAACUUGAAUUCUUCUAAUGAAAGCAACAGUUAUGGGUUCUAAUAAAUUGUUUAAGGUA